GACUCCAGCUGUGCAGCGAACAGACACAAACCUACAACUGAGAUAACAGCAGACGUUACAACAGUAGAAGUUACAGCAUUAGAAGCUACAACAUUAGACGUUACAACAGUAGAAGAUACAACAGUAGAAGAUACAACAGUAGAAGAUACAACAGUAGAAGUUACAACAGUAGAAGAUACAACAGUAGAAGUUACAACAGUAGAAGUUACAACAGUAGAAGAUACAACAGUAGAAGUUACAACAGUAGAAGUUACAGCAGUAGAAGUUACAACAGUAGAAGUUACAACAGUAGAAGAUACAACAGUAGAAGAUACAACAGUAGAAGUUACAACAGUAGAAGAUACAACAGUAGAAGUUACAGCAGUAGAAGUUACAACAUUAGAAGUUACAACAGUAGAAGUUACAACAGUAGAAGUUACAACAGUAGAAGUUACAACAGUAGAAGUUACAACAGCAGAAGUUACAACAGCAGAAGAUACAACAGUAGAAGUUACGAUUUGAAGACAAAGAACCUAAUUAAAUAAAUACCAUGGAUUUUGAUGAUAGUAUAUAUGCCAACCAAAUACCCAUCAUGCCCCGCAAGAAGGAUGGAGCGGGUGAUCAACAUUCAGUGUCUUGUCAGUGUUGGAAGAGAUACUCUGGAGCAGCUGCAGUGUGUCUGGGGCUGCUGUGUGUUCUCCUACUGGCUGGGAUCACAGGCCUGUUACUCUACCAGAGAAACCAGUUGACCAGCUCCAACACCCUGACCAAAGAGAGGGACCAGCUACAGACAAGCGACAACAACCUGACUGCAGAGAGAGACCAGCAACAGACUAGCAACAACACCCUGACCUUAGAGAGAGACCAGCUACAGACCAGAUACAACAACCUGACUGCAGAGAGAGACCAGCUACAGACCCGAUACAACAACCUGACUGCAGAGAGAGACCAGCUACAGACCAGAUACAACACCCUGACCAAAGAGAGCUACCAGCUACAGAAAGAGAUAGUACGUCUGAAAAAAUCUACAGUUGAGAAAGUGUGUCCUCAAGGAUGGAAGAAGCUUGGUAGCAGUUGUUACUACGUCUCUACUGAGUUCAAAUCCUGGGAGGAGAGCAGACAGGACUGCAGAAAUAGAGGAGCAGACCUGGUGGUUAUCAACAGCCAAGAGAAACAGACAUUAGUCAACUGGUUAUGUGGACGAAAGGACUAUGUCUGGAUUGGUCUGACUGACUCUGUUACUGAGGGGACCUGGAAAUGGGUGGACGACACACCACUGACCACAACGUAUUGGAACAGUGGACAGUCGGAUUCUAUGUGUUGUUUCUCCUACAGGUAUUGGAACAGUGGACAGCCUGAUUCUGUGUUGUUUCUCCUACAGGUAUUGGAUCAGUGGACAGCCUGAUUCUGUGCUGUUUCUUCUACAGGUAUUGGAUCAGCGGACAGUCUGAUUCUGUGUUGUUUCUCCUACAGGUAUUGGAACAGUGGACAGCCUGAUUCUAUGUGUUGUUUCUCCUACAGGUAUUGGAACAGUGGACAGCCUGAUUCUGUGUUGUUUCUCCUACAGGUAUUGGAUCAGUGGACAGCCUGAUUCUGUGCUGUUUCUCCUACAGGUAUUGGAUCAGCGGACAGUCUGAUUCUGUGUUGUUUCUCCUACAGGUAUUGGAACAGUGGACAGCCUGAUUCUAUGUGUUUCUCCUACAGGUAUUGGAGCAGUGGACAGUCUGAUUCUGUGUUGUUUCUCCUACAGGUAUUGGAUCAGUGGACAGCCUGAUUCUGUGUUGUUUCUUCUACAGGUAUUGGAACAGUGGACAGCCUGAUUCUAUUUGUUUCUCCUACAGGUAUUGGAACAGUGGACAGUCUGAUUCUGUGUGUUGUUUCUCCUGCAGGUAUUGGAACAGUGGACAGCCUGAUUCUAUGUGUUGUUUCUCCUACAGGUAUUGGAACAGUGGACAGCCUGAUUCUGUGUGUUGUUUCUCCUACAGGUAUUGGAACAGUGGACAGUCUGAUUUUAUGUGUUGUUUCUUCUACAGGUAUUGGAACAGUGGACAGCCUGAUUCUGUGUUGUUUCUUCUACAGGUAUUGGAACAGUGGACAGCCUGAUUCUAUGUGUUGUUUCUCCUACAGGUAUUGGAACAGUGGACAGCCUGAUUCUAUGUGUUGUUUCUCCUACAGGUAUUGGAACAGUGGACAGCCUGAUUCUGUGUUGUUUCUCCUACAGGUAUUGGAACAGUGGACAGCCUGAUUCUGUGUUGUUUCUUCUACAGGUAUUGGAACAGUGGACAGCCUGAUUCUAUGUGUUGUUUCUCCUACAGGUAUUGGAACAGUGGACAGCCUGAUUCUGUGUUGUUUCUCCUACAGGUAUUGGAACAGUGGACAGUCUGAUUCUAUGUGUUGUUUCUUCUACAGGUAUUGGAUCAGUGGACAGCCUGAUUCUGUGUUGUUUCUCCUACAGGUAUUGGAACAGUGGACAGCCUGAUUCUGUGUUGUUUCUU